AUGCGCUCGGCUGCUCUUAAAGACAUCAAGAGGAACUGGCAUUUAGGAGGCAAUGCGGAGGAGAAGCGGCACCGCUGCCGCAAACAGAAACAUAAAGGCAGCAAGAGCGACACGCCGGUCACGGCGGUGAGCGCCGAGUUCAACGGCGCGCUCCUGGGAGAGUCCCCCAAGGUGGAGGUCUCGCCGGAUGGCACUGCGGAGUACAACUUCACAGCCAGCUUCGAGUACUGCCCCGAGGGGCCCAACUCCCUGGACAGCAUCGCGCAGAGUCCUGUGCUCCUGACAGUGAUGGAAGUGUUGCCAAAGGAGAAGAGGCAGAGGGAGGAGAGGACAGUGCCUCUUGGCCAAGCUGUGGUGGACCUUCUACCUCUGCUGCAAGGACAGUGUUCAUUUAAGGUCUCGGCUCCUUUGUAUGCGGUGCCUACCUCUCCAUUAGAGAGCGUUUCCCCAGAGGCCAAGUGUGGCCUUGAAGUGUCUGUGUGCAUCCAAGAGCCCUUGCUUUCUGCAGCUCAGCUUUUAAAUGGUAAUCUCCUGAGUGUCACCUUGGAGGCAGCUUAUUCUGUCCCCGAAGCGUUUGUUCCCACUGGACCCCUGCAAAACUACCUGGCUUGCCUGCAAAUGCCAGCGGUUGGAGAGAAAGAAAUCCUCUUGAUCUUCAAAAAUGGAAUCCCGAAGCUUGGUGGCGAAAAAGAGCCAUUACCUCGGCCCAAAAAAUGGCCACUUGGCAACAUCAUGGCCUCUGGUGCUCUCAACAUACCCAACUCCUUCAUUGUCGGUGGCCCUUAUGAGGAAGAGGAUGGAGAGCUCAACAGAAGAGAGGACAGAGAGUUCAGGGUCCAGUCAGAAAGCAUGAAGAAGAGAAUCGUAUGGGACACAGAAAGACGCUGCUACUUGGAUCCUGCUGCAGUACUUGUCCUGCAGAAGCGCAUCGCAGAGUGCCGCUACUGGCCCGUGGAGGUCUGCAGGGUGCCUUUGGUCCCUCCCAGUAAAGGGAAGAACAGCAAAGUUGACAAGGGAGAUGACGAUGGACAGAUUUUCUUCCAUGGUGUGGCAUAUAUCAACAUGGUGCCUUUGCUCUACCCCGGUGUGAAGCGGAUACGAGGGGCUUUUCGUGUCUUUGCCUAUAAAGACAGCGAGGUGUUUGAGAAGACUAAAAGUCAGGUCAGUGUUUUCCGGGAUCUGAAGCCUCAGAUCAGUCUAAUCAAGGAAGGACAAUGGACUCCAGGACUCAGUCCUCCCCUUUCCAGAGCUAUUUCCAGUAAGAUACAGAGGGAGGAUAAAGAAAAAAUCAUCAAAGAUAGGGAAGCCAUCAGGAAGAUGUCCGGCGUAGUAAAAACCCAGUCAUCAGAUGUUCCGGUAGAAGCUGAAAAUGUCAUAUAUCUCAACCACAAUGGACAGCAAUAUUUUGAAGCAGGAACAUUCCUGGUGAUGGAGAUAAAGCUGGAGAAGGCCUUAGUACCAAAACGAUUGCCAGAGGAGCUCACCAGACGGGUCAAGGAGAUGAUUCCUCCUCGCCCUCCGCUGCCUCGCCGGACUGCAGGAGCCGAGAAGGCUGUAGAAGAUUAUCACAACCAGAUCGCAAACAUUGCUGUUGCCAUCCUGAGCGAAUACCAUGAGCUAUUCGGGAAGCAGCUGCCUGACCAAGGAGCCAUAAAUCAGCAAACCCUGGAGGAACAGAAGUGUCAACUCAACUUUGAGCUCAAUAGCUCAGGAAAAUAUUUUGCCUAUAAGGAACAGCUGAAGUAUGCGGUGGUGAAGAUCGUGAGGGAGAAGUACCUGAAAACAACAGCGUUUGAGUCUAUGGAGCAGUUCCAGGCGUUUCUCAGUGAACUCUAUGUCUAUCUUGUGGAUCAGAUGCACGUUGCCUUGAACCAGGUACUCUCCGAGGAAGCUGCUGAGCCUGCCCCUCCAUCCUGCGCAACCGAUGAGCAACUCUGGCUAUUUGCUCACGAAGCUGAAGUCAGCAAGGACUACAAGCUGGCAUCUCUCUACCAUCAGCAGAGAAUAGCUCGGGACCAACACAACCUCCAGUCCUGGCUGGACUAUGGCGCAUUCUGCCUUCUGCUCGAGGAAACAAUCAAAGCCCAGGAAUGUUUCCGGGAGGCUCUUCGCCUGGACCCACAUCACGUUCAGAGCUUGUUGCUCUGUGGGAUUGUAGCAGUCAUGCUGCAGCAUUAUGAAGAGGCAGAGAUUUUCUUUGAGGAUGCCACCAGCUUGCAGCCAUUCGAUGUUGUAGUUUGGACUCUUUCAGGUCUGUUCUAUGAGCUGCAAAAUAAUAAUAUUAGGGCAGAAAUGGCUUUCCGUGAGGCUAACAAGCUAAUGCAGGCACAGCUCACCAUGGACAGGAGCAUCCCUGGGGCUGCUGAGGGAGAAGGAAGGAAAAAGCGAAUUUCUGUUGAGAGCGGGAGGCCUCCCAAUCCAUGUCCAGAAGAGCCCUUGCCAGAGGAGGCUGAAGACAGCGCAGCCAGCAGGCUGCCAGAGGCCAGGGAGCCCUCCCUGACCUCCAUCGUGCCCGAGGAGGAUGCGACUGCUCAGCAGAACAGGAGGUCUAAGAACAAGGAGUCAGCCCCAAAAGCGCCACCCCCUGUUCCAGGGCUCAGACGACCUCCCUGCUCUAUCUUCAUGAAGACAGUGGACUUCCUGAUGAAAGUCAAUGCCAUCCAGUUUGUUCACAUGGCGCUUGCCCACGAGCUGCUGAGCCUCCAGGGAGGCCCCAGUUGUGACUACUACCUGGUGCUGGCCCAGACAUACCUGCUGAAGGAAGACUUCUCCAAAGCUGAAGAAUGUCUCUGUGAGGCCGUUAGACUCGACUACACGAAUCCCAAUGUGUGGGCUCAGAAGGGGCACCUGUGCUACCUGAAGGGAGACCUUGCGGAGGCAAAGCAGUGCUAUGAACGGACUGUCAGCUUUGUGGUGGAUGCCACCGAGAUGCACUUCGUCUACCUGCGCCUGGGCUCCAUCUACCUAGAAGAGAAAGAGUACGGCAGGGCGAAGCAGACCUACCUGCUGGCCUGCAAGAACUCUGCGUCCUGCCUCACCUGGCUGGGAGUGGGAAUUGCCUGCUAUAGGCUGGAAGAGAUGGCAGAAGCAGAGGAUGCUCUUGCGGAAGCAAACGCCCUGAAUAACAAGAAUGCUGAAGUGUGGGCAUACCUAGCCCUUGUCUGCCUGCACGGAGGACGGCAGCUGGAGGCAGAGCAGUGCUACAAGUACACCCUGAAGGACAAGACGCUGAAGGGAACGGUGUAUCGGAUCCGAGGCUCCCUUCCUGCUAGUAACUACAUCCAGCUCCCAAAGACCAGCACACAGUCGCUGGGCCUUGUUGGGCGCUACCUCUACCUGCUGUUCAGGCCUAUGCCGAACAAAUACUUCGUUGUGCAUCUGGAUGUCUCCACAGAGGAUAACCAGGUGGUCCGCAUCUCUUUCUCCAACCUAUUUAAGGAGUUCAAAUCCACAGCCACAUGGCUUCAGUUCCCCUUCAUCUGUGGAGCGUCCAAAGGGUCAGUUUAUGAGAGCACAGCCAAGACUCCCAAGCAAGAUCUAGUGGGAGCAGCUCCUGCCAACGUGCGCUGGACCUGUCUGAUGCUUGAUCUCCAGUACAUCCUCUCCAUGUACCUCAACCGACGUUACAGCCAUCUGAAGAGUGUCAAGCUCUGCUCCAACCUCCUUGUGAAAAAUCUCUGCACAAGUGACUUGCUCUUUGACCCAGGUGUGACCUUCUCUGAAGCUCGACAAAAUAACCUGGCCUGUCAUGGUGUGUCUCCCAUGCCACGAGAAAUGGCAUUCCCUGUGCCAAAGGGAGAGAAAUGGCACGACCGCUAUGACUAUAUCAGGUUUCCAUCUGAUGGGUCCAAGCUGCCAUAUGACUCAAUCCAAAAGAGCUGUUCCAGUCCUGCAGCAGGUGGCCAAGUUUUGGAAGACGCAGUCCACGAGCUGCCCCAGCUGGUAACGCUCACCAAAGCAGUCCGUGAUCGUCUGUCCCUCGUUCAGCAGAUAACCAGUCCCAAAGCUAUGCCACGUCCGUGUCCUCUAAUUACAAAGAGCAUUCCUGAGGUUCACCUAACAGCUCCAGGGCCUUUGGAAGUCAUGCGUGCUGGGGAGCAGGAGGUAAACAAGAAAGGGAAGCUACAGAGUGCUUGCGACUCUGCUGGGCAGUCACCAUCAGUCACAGAUGGUGGGAUUCACGUGUAUGCCCACAAGACGAGUGAACGAUCCGCCCGUGCUGUCAACACAAGCUUGGAGGAGAGUAUAUACAUGAAGGUCACUGGACCAGAUGUGCUGUCUAGCAGGAGAGCCUCUCACUGCAGGAGGCUUUUACCAGAUCCAAUCCUGAAGCUGAAGACGAUUAUUGGCUUUGGAGGUUGCAGCACCAAAUGGGCACUCUGGACUCACAACAACUCUGCAGUGGUGUACCCCUGCCAUGCAGUUAUAGUCACCAUGCAGAUUCAGACUGGAGAGCAGAGGUUUUUCAUCGGACAUACAGAUAAGGUGUCAGCACUGGCCUUCAACGGAAAGAGCACCUUGCUGGCGUCCGCACAGACAGGCCCCUUGAGCGUGGUCCGCCUCUGGGAAUUCCCCAAGGGGAACUGCCUGUCGGUGUUUAAAACCCAUGUCCGGUCACUCACGUCCCUGAGCUUUUCCCACAGUGGAGCAGUUCUUUGUGGCAUUGGAAAGGAUGGACAUGGCAAAACGAUGGUCGUGGUGUGGAACACAGCUCAGGUGAUCGGUAGCGGAGAGGUAGUUGUGCUGGCCAAAGCACACACAGAUGUGGACAUCCAGGCUUUGAAGAUUGCCUUUUUUGAUGAUACCAGGAUGGUGUCGUGCGGAAGGGACAACGUGAGGCUGUGGCGAGUGCGGAGCGGAGCACUGCGCUCAUGUCCCGUGAAUCUGGGCGAGUACCAUUCCCUGGAGUUCACCGACCUGGCCUUCGAGGAGGGGCACUCGGCAGAGCGGGAGCCGGAGGACCGCACGCUUUUUGUCUGCAGCAAGAGCGGUCACAUUCUGGAAGUGGACUACAAGAACGUCUGCAUCAGGAGCGCCCGGCGGCUCCUGCCUUCCCAGCCCCAGCACUGUCACCAGCAGGAAAAGCAGGGCUGCAGUGCAGGCCCUGGGAUUGCUAUAAACAGUAUUAGCAUCUCCUCAACCUUUUGUGCCACGGGUUCAGAAGACGGUUACCUGCGGCUGUGGCCACUGGACUUCUCUGCUGUCAUGUUAGAGGCAGAGCACGAGGCUCCAGUGAGUUCUGUCUGCAUCAGUCCAGACACCCUCAAAGUUUUGUGCACAACCACCACUGGAAAUCUGGGCUACCUAGAUAUACAGUCCCGAGACUAUAACACCCUCAUGCGCUCUCACACAGACACAAUUUUGGCAUUUUCUGUGGAGGGAAUUCGGAAGCAGAUGGCAACAGUCUCUCAGGAUAACACUAUCCGAGUCUGGGACCUUGUGACCAUGCAGCAGCUCUAUGACUUCACUGCUGCCGAUGAAAUGCCGCGUGCUGUGGCCUUUCACCCUACCCAGCAGAUCCUUGCCUGUGGCUUCGACAGCGGGGUUGUGCGAACCUUCAGCUUGGCUGCUUCCGAUCUCCUCGUGGAACACAAGCAGCACCGUGCUGCUAUUACUGGUCUGACCUUCUCUCCAGAUGGCAAUUUCAUGUUCAGUUCCUGUUCACAAGGAACUCUGGCUCUCUACAACUCUGUGGUACAGAAAACCCCUGUCCUGAGAGUCCUGGGUAACGUGGUGGUCCGGGAUGCUGGGAGCAGUCCUGCUGCUUUGGCUCUUAGUGAGGACAGCCGUCUGCUGGCCUUUGUGGGUCCCUCCAAGUCCAUCGUGACCGUGAUGGAGGCCUGCUCUCUAGAUGAGCUGCUAAAGGUGGACAUCAGCAUCUUUGAUUCGGACAGCACGGCCCUGGACUCUGCAGUGAGGCUCUGCUUUGUUCCUGUGCCUCAGGGCCAGCUCCUGGUAUCCACGUCCUCCAAUAAAAUCCUUGUGCUUGAUGCAAAAACUGGACGACUGGUGCGAGAGCUGCCUCCUGUGCACAAGCUGUCCUGUUCUUCCUUGUCCCUAAGCAGGGAUGCCAAGUACCUGCUCACUGCCGGUGACAAGGUUAUCAAAGUGUGGGACUACCAGAUGCGCUUUGAUAUCAACUUCCAGGUGUACAUUGGCCAUUCGGAGCCAGUGCGACACGCUGCCUUCACCCCAGACCAAGAGCACGUUGUCAGCGUUGGAGAUGCCAUCUUCCUCUGGGACUUCCUAGCCCUGUCUGCAGAAGGGUCACCGGCAGCUGCUGCGCAUUCUUCCAAGCCUGAUCUGUCUCCCAGAGCAGAAGGGAACUCUGAGAAGCUCAAGGAUGCCACUGAGAUUCCUCGGCAAACAGCUCCUCUUCCACUGCUGUCCUCACCGCCAUGUCUGGCUGUUGGUUCUGUUCACCAAGUGGAAUGUCAUGGUAUUUUCUCUGAGUCGGAUGAAGAGGAGGAAACAAAUCUUCCGAGCAGAAGCCAAACAGUGGCAAAUGGAGACAAAGACCCCUCAGUCCUUGUGGAGUCAGAGAGGUGCGAGGAGCCUUUUGUUGUGAGGCCCAAAGUGAGACAGGAGGGCUCGAGGUCUCCCAGCCACUCUGGAAAUGCAUCUAGAAAGGAGACCAAAGGUCCCAAAUCCCAGUGCUCCAUCCGCCCAGAUUCCUACCGGCAUUUUACUCCUCGCUUUAAAGCAUCAGUGCUCCCCCAGAGUUUCUCAUCUCCUCCAGCUGGCUAUGAGGUCUUGAAGCUAAAAGCAGUGAUUGGCUACAAUGGCAACGGCAGAGGGAAUAUGGUGUGGAACCCAGAGACAGGCUUCUUUGCCUACACCUGUGGUUGCAUCGUUGUGGUUGAAGACUUGCACUCUGGGUCACAGAACCACUGGUUUGGCCAUGCUGAGGAGAUCUCUACACUGGCCGUCAGCCACAAUGCCCAGGCUCUUGCCUCUGCUUCGGGACGGAGGAAUGGAGACUCACACUGUCAGAUCUGCAUCUGGAACAUCCAGGAUGGGGUUUGCACAAAACGUCUCUUCCAUCAUGAGACACAAGUGCAAGCCAUGGCAUACUCUUGGGAUGACAGAUUCCUCAUUACGCUAGGUGACUACAGUGAUCAAACCAUUGCUCUGUGGAAUACGUACACUUACGAACUCAUAUCAUCAACUCACAUCUCAGAGCCAGUCCAUGAUGUGGCUUUUAAUCCUCUUUCACAUGGAGAACUGGCCUGUGUGGGGAGGGGAGCAGUGACAUUUUGGCUGUUGGAGCCGCGGGGAACUGACGUCAACCUCAAGGUUCAUCAGGCCCCUGUCCCUGAUGCGUUAGGAGUGGUGGAACUGACCUCACUGUGCUACGGUGCCAACCCUCUUCUUUACAGUGGGACCAAUACAGGCCAGAUCUGCGUGUGGGACACAGAGACUAAUCACUGCUUCAUGACAUGGGAGGCUGAUGAAGGCGAGAUCGGUGUGCUGGUGUGCCGGCACAACAGGCUGGCCAGCGGCAGCAACACGAAACGCAUCCGUCUGUGGGCGGUGGCGGCCGUGGAGGAGCUGAGACUAAAAGGUUCUGGCGCCAGGUCUAGCUCCGUCCUGCUAGAACAUGAGAUGACCCUCGAUGGGACAAUAGUCAGCGCAGCCUUUGAUGACUCUCUGGAAAUGGGAAUUGUGGGCACCACCACAGGAACACUGUGGUACAUCAACUGGGCAGAGAGCACGAGCAUCCGGCUGAUCAGCGGACACAAGAACAAGGUGAACGAAGUGUCCUUCAGUCCUGAUGAGACUCACUGUGCCACUUGUGGUGAAGACGGCAGCGUGAGGAUUUGGUCGCUGGACAGCAUGGAGCUGGUGGUACAGUUUCAAGUGCUGAACCAGAGCUGCCAGUGUCUGGCCUGGAAGCCUCAGCCCAUUGGCACCGGGCUUGCUGAGAGCCAGCACGUGGUAGCAGGGUACAGCGAUGGCACCAUCCGUGUGUUCAGCAUUUCCCGGACAGAGAUGGAGCUGAAAAUGCAGCCGCAUGCUGUUGCGCUGACAGCAGUUGCCUACUCCACGGACGGAGAAAUUGUUUUAUCGGGGGGCAAGGAUGGACUCGUGGCUGUCAGCAACUCUCGCACGGGAAUGACCGUUCGCAUCCUCGCUGACCACAAAGGCUCCCCCAUCACUGUCAUACAGUGCACGAGGAAGCAGUACUAUGAUUUUGGGGUGGAAGGCAGUGAACUGUGGCUGGCCACAAGCUCAGACCGCCGGGUCAGUGUCUGGGCCUCCGACUGGCUGAAGGAUAAAUGUGAGCUCCUGGACUGGCUCAGCUUCCCUGCUCCUGCAGUCCCCGAGGGCCUCAGCAGCCUCCCUCCGAGCCUGGCAGCAUUCUGCCCUUGGGAACACGGCACUCUGGUCUACGUUGGCUUUGGGCUGCAGAAGGAAGCCUUGUUUUACAGUCUGCGCAAGAAGCAGGUGGUUGAGAAGAUCUCCUUGCCGUACUUUGCCAUGUCGCUGAGCCUGUGUCCUGCAGCGCACUUUCUAGCCGUUGGCUUUGGCGUCUGUUCGGAGGGGCCGCGAGUGACGCGUGGCCUGCGGUUCAUCCCUGGCCAGGCACCUCUUGCUGCCUGCUUGGCCUCGAGCUGCGUGGUUGGAUGGGGGCCGCUUGCUUUGCAGGUGCCUGCCCGUGCCGAGGAGAUCACGAUCCCCGCCGACGUCACCCCCGAGAAAGUCCCCACGCACAUAGUGGACUAUUCGGAAGCAGAGCAGACGGAGGAUGAGCUGCAGGAGGAGAUUGCCAAGGCUAACGUGGUGUGCGUGGUGUACGAUGUCACCAAGGAGGCCACGAUCGAGAAGGUAACAGCUCUUCCAUGGGCGUCCUGCCCGGCCCCGCUCCGCGCCCGCAUCGGUGCCGCACCAGCCAGCAGCGGGUCCUUCCCCACCCUGGGCUUUGCGUGGAUGCUGGCCAGCCCUGCGGGGAUUCUGCCUGGGAGCGGGGAGCGCCAGGGAGCAGAUGGCUGCAGGGCCCUGCUGGCUGCCACGGUGCCCGUGCCAUGCGCUGGGAGCUGCUGCUCCCAUGCCAGGCUCUUCUGA